AUGGCCGGGAAAUCAGCGGGCGGGCAAGAGGCCCGCCGGGAACCCGCCAGCGCCUGGGUGCGGGAAGAGAAAGGUGCGCCGGGGAAGGCGGCGCCCGCGAAACCGGCCGGCGCCGGGACGGGCCCAGCCAAUGGGCCCGGGGAAGUAGGGCCGGGCGCGACAGGGGUCGGAACAGAGACCGGGGAAACGGUAGUGGGAGUGACCGGGGGAGCUGGGGUAAUAGUGACCGGGGCAACGGUAGUGGGAGUGACAGGGGCAACGGUAGUGGGAAAGACCGGGGCAACGGUAGUGGGAGACACCGGGGUAACGGCGACGGGUGAGACCGGGGGAACGGUAGCCGGGACGCCCACAAAUACCUGA